CCGGCGCAAUUCCUCCGACGAGCCGGGGAGAGGUGAAGAAACUGUAGGAGCUCAACGAUGGAGCACUUUUAAGAGAUAACGACGAGCUCCUCCGUCGGAGAUAAAUACACAGGGUCAUCUACAUGACCAAAGAAACAAGACCGGCAACGAGAAACGCAAACGUAACAAUCAUGCAAUUUAAAUAUAGACGAAUUUAAGCAACCGCUUUUUCUUCAAGGUUACAUCGCUUGAAGACGCCCCAGCAUCCCUCUUGUCGCAGAUCAGCUGGUUGGUUGAUCAUCACGGGUACCGACCAUGUCCGUGGAAGAGCAGGACUACCCCAACGCUAUGCUGUUGCUGCGGGCCGAGAUCGAGCGUCUCUCCCGGGACUUGAGUGAGACCACGAACGAGAAGAUCCAGGCGGCUGAGUACGGGCUGGUGGUGCUGGAGGAGAAGCAGCAGCUCAAGCAGCAGUACGAUGACCUGGAGAUCGAGUACGAGGCCGUCAGGCAGGAGGUGGACCAACUCAAAGAGGCCUUUGGACAAGCCUACUCCAACCACAGGAAGGUGGCUGCGGAUGGGGAGAGCCGUGAGGAGUCUCUUAUCCAGGAAUCGGCCUGUAAGGAGGCCUACUACGAGCAGAGGGUCCUGGAGCUGCAGACCGAGCUCCGCCAGGCACGCAACAUCCUCACCAAUACCCAGUCUGAGAAUGAACGCAUGAACACCAUCACCCAGGAGCUGAGAGAGAAUAGCCAGAUAGUGGAGCUCCAGAGGAAUCAGCUGCGUGAUGACAUCAAGGAGUACAAGUUCAGGGAGGCUCGUCUGCUGCAGGACUACACCGAGCUGGAGGAGGAGAACAUCUCGCUGCAGAAGCAGGUCUCCAUGCUCAAACAGAGCCAGGUGGAGUUUGAAGGUUUGAAGCAUGAGAUCCGUCGUCAAGAGGAGGACACUCAGUUCCUUAACAGCCAGCUGGAGGAUGCCAUCCGCCUGAAAGAGAUCGCAGAGCGGCAGCUAGCUGAGGCUCUGGAGACCAUCAAGACUGAGCGUGAGCUGAAAGCAUCCCUGAGGAAAGAGCUGUCCCACUACAUGAACAUUGGAGACACUCUAUGUCACAGCCCUCUCAGCAUUUCUCUGGAUGGUCUCAAGUUCAGCGACGAUGCCACCACUGAACCCAACAAUGACGAGGCUCUCCAUGAAUUUGAGAAUGGCUUUACCAAACUGGCCAAUGCCCUCGCCUACGACAACCGCAUCUCCACGCCCAAGAAGGACGAGCUGUUCAAUCCUGCUCCCAGCCUGGUGGACGACCUGCUGAGCGAACUUAACAUCUCAGAGAUCCAGAAGCUCAAACAGCAGCUUAUGCAGAUGGAGCGUGAGAAGGUCAACCUGCUGUCCACCCUGCAGGACUCCCAGAAACAGCUGGAGCAGGCUAACGGUGCUCUGUCCGAGCAUCAGGAGAAGGUCAACCGCCUCACGGAAAACCUCAACGCCAUGCGCAAGCUCCAGGCCAGCAAGGAGCGCCAGUCUGCCCUGGACAACGAGAAAGAACGUGACAGCAAUGAGGACGGAGAUUACUACGAGGUGGACAUCAAUGGACCUGAGAUUCUGGAGUGCAAGUACAAGGUUGCUGUGUCUGAAGCAGGAGAGCUGAAGGAGGAACUGAAGACUCUGAAGACAGAAUAUCAGGCCUGUCAGUCCCGUUACGAAGAGGAGCGCACCCGUCUGGAAAAUGACGUCACAACGCUGGGAGGGAAACUGGCCACUCUGGAGAAGACCAGUCAGACAGAGAGAGAGAUGAAGAUCAAGCUAGAGAAGGAGCUGCGCAAGGUUAGUUACGUGGCAGGCGAGUCCCAGGGUAGCCUUAGUGUUGCACAGGACGAGCUGGUCACCUUCAGCGAAGAACUGGCCACCCUCUACAACCACGUCUGCAUGUGUAACAACGAGACACCCAACCGCGUCAUGCUCGACUUCUACAAGCAGGGUAAGGGUGGUCGGAGCAGCCCUGAGGGUCGUGGCCGCCGCUCUCCCAUCUUGCUGACUAAGGGCCUCUUCCCUGAGCCUAGUAAGACCGACCUGUCUGACGGAGCCCAUUCACCGGGUUCCUCACUGCCUUCUCCCGGGUCUGAACAUCGCCGCGAGCCCAUGAACAUCUACAACCUGGUGGCCAUCAUCCGAGACCAGAUCAAGCACCUGCAGCUGGCGGUGGACCGCACCACAGAGCUGUCGCGCCAGAGGGUCGCCUCUCUGGAGCUCGGCACUGUGGCCGACAAGGACAAGGAAGCCUGCAUGGAGGAGAUCCUCAAACUGAAAUCCCUGCUCAGCACCAAGCGGGAACAGAUUGCAACCCUGAGGACAGUCCUCAAGGCCAACAAACAGACAGCUGAAGUGGCUCUGGCCAAUCUGAAGAGCAAGUAUGAGAACGAAAAGGCAAUGGUAACCGAGACCAUGAUGAAACUGAGGAAUGAGCUCAAAGCCCUGAAAGAGGACGCAGCCACCUUCUCCUCUCUCCGAGCCAUGUUUGCAACACGUUGUGACGAGUAUGUCACCCAGCUGGACGAGAUGCAGAGGCAGCUGGCUGCAGCAGAGGAUGAGAAGAAAACCCUCAACUCCCUGCUGCGAAUGGCUAUCCAGCAGAAACUGGCCCUGACACAGCGCCUGGAAGACCUGGAGUUCGACCACGAGCAAACCCGCCGGGGAGGAAGUUCCAGCCGAGCUAAGGCCCGCAGCAAGGCCACCAGUGCCACCUCCAUUGCCCCCCACGUAAGUCAGAGUCUCACCUGCUCUGGCUCCGGCCGUCCAGAGCUCAACAAUGCUAUGCCCAACGGCAUUAUGGGAGGCCCUUCAGUCUUCUGCAGCGAGAAGUACAAGAUCUACUGUGACUGAGGCAGCUGAGAAGUCUGCAAGGACUGCUGUGUACAGAGGGGAGGGGGCCCACGGGCCAAACCCUCCCUGCCUUAGUGUUAAAGAGCCCCACUUGCUCGCUUAGCUCCCUGGCCAGCCUGCGCUCCUUUAGGGACUGCUGUGUGACUAACCGGCUGCUCGUAUGUGCUAGUGUAAACGCUUAAGGGAAUGCUGAUGUAUGUACAGUGUGCACUAGACGUUUGGACUGCAGUAGACAUAUAUGGCAUGUGGAUUAUAGGGCCCCGGUUAUUAUGGGGGUUUUGUGGGUAUAAUGGAGUGUCUAUUCUUUCCGCUGUCAUAGUGCUGUACGUAUGAUGUAAAAGGUGGCAGCUUUUGUGCUCGUUCGUUCACGCCUCCUGAGUGUGUUGCCUGGUAACAGUAACACAUUGUGGGGACGGGGACUUGUAAAGAAGAUGUCGAUAUGACCGUCCGUGUCUGUUGGCAAUGGUGCUCCUUUGAUAAAAGCCCUCUUCUCUCUCCUGCCUCUCCGUCCUGGUCCCCCAGGACUGACCUCUGACCAGCAGCCCACUGUAUAAUCAGGUCACUCUUUGAGAAAAGGAACUUGACAAAAAGGACUUUGAAGAGAAAUAAACUAAAAUAUGCAAUCUCCCUCUGCUUUCUAGCUAGGGGAGCACAGUUUGAUUCUAAACAGAGAUUCAAAAACCCAUAAGUGGGAUGGCUACUGGUUUUGUAAUGGAAAGGUUUGGGCAGAAAAGGAGCACCUGUGACCACAGGUGUUUAUUUCAGGAUAAUAUUAAAGCUGUGAUGCUAGCACACCAAUACAACAGGGUCUGUAGGAAUGCAUGGCUUUGCAGCUAAAAACGCUUAUGAGCUUUUUAACUGUUUUUCUGUUGGUGUGUGGUACAAGACGAUCCAUGUACUGCAGGGCUCUACAUUGUAAAAAAGAGGACUUAUUUGUGUCUGGUGAAAUACAGUACAGGAGGGCUAUUCAAUGUGACCCCCUAUGUCACAUUGAUUAUUUCAGAGCCAUAUCAUAAGAGAGAUAAGACAAAUUGAUCUCCACACCCAAAUUAAGUGCACUUCAGCAUAGGUGCCUCAGGUUCCUACUUCUGUUAAAAAGGAUCAAAUGAUUACUGUGAACAGAGAUACAAUAUAGUUUUGAUCAAAGAUGAUUUUUUAAUUAUGGAGUAAAUCCUAGAAGAGCACAAAUCGAAAAAGGCACCCACAUGUGCACAAUAAAUCUUCAAAGGAAACCAACCGACCACUCGGCAAAAGUGCCUGUCGACCCAAACACUUGAUAUAUUAUAUCUAUGUGUUUAUGUAAAGCCCUGUCCUUCUGUCUCCACUUAAUGGGACUUUAUUCCUUUUCAAAUCUCCCCUCAUCCUCUGUCUCCAAUUUUUGGGAGAUCACUCUGAGCUCUUAAAUAAUUUCUGAAUAAGUGGCUAAAAACUCUCUCCUCGUGUCUCUAAACUGUGUCUUGUCACUCAUAACGACCCUCUCUCUUUCAGAUUAUCAGCAACUUGCUUCCCAAGCAUUUCCAGUCACCCUUUAACUAGAAUGAGGAUUUUAAUAUUUUUAUCAGGUAACGUCCUCACAUACGUUGUGUUUCCGAUACUUGCCUGUGUGUAUACAGCGUUUACGUGAAGGGCCCUUGUGUGUAUUAUAUUUUUAACCUUUGCAAAUGGAGGGUCACGCAUUACUUUUUUAUUGUUUUGUGAUGUAUGAAGACAGAACGACUUACGGUUUUUGUAUCUACAAUAGCUUUAACCCUUUCCGAGCUAGUAUUACGCAAAUAGGAAAAAAAUAAGUGGGGCUUGUGUUUGAUAUAUCCAUGUACUACUUGUGGAUCAUUAGACACAUUAGCUUCAUGAUGCUAGAAGCAGGGUUGAUUUGAGGAAAUCCUGCAAGAUUGAUCAAAUUAUGCGUUUUCUACUACAACUAUGCUAUAUAUUAAAGUCUAUAUUCUUAAUAUGAUCAUGUUCAGGUUAUAAUCUUGCAGGAUCCUACUACAGUAUUCCUUCCUCUCAAAUGUAAAGAGAGGGAGCUUCAUUAUUCCUUGAAUAAUGAAAAAGGAACAAUGCCAGCGGUCAACCCUGCUUGAGUGUGCAUCUGUAAGCCACAGCACACAGCAUGGAGACAAGGCUAUCGUACACACCUCUUUAGAGGUCCAUCACUCUUAAGUUUGAGAUUCACUUAACUUACAAGUGUGAUGUAUACUUUCUAUCAGUUUGCGCUGACAGAGAAAAGGUUUGAAGAGUAGAGGAGGGAGAACUACUCAUGUUGUAAACCAGCUCCUGAGAGAGGAGAUAAGAAAACCAAACAUGCUGGUGAAGAAAGCCAGAUAUUUGGCUGAGAGCUGACUCUCAAAUGGGGGGAAUAUGAACCGCAGAGUUUCCUGAGGGAGAAACUCCUUUUUUUUUUUUUUGAGGAAAAAAAAAAGACUGGUUGCGCAAUGGACCAGAGGACAUUGAUUCAAAUUAGUUGAGCCCCUUACUCUCUCUUGUAUAUGCUCUGUGUGAUCACUGAGCAGUAGGUAGACCCCAGGAUGUGCUUGUGACUAGCCCUCCCCCCCCCCCCCCCCCCUUAUAUAAAAUAAUUACCCUAUUGCUCCUUCUAGUUUGAAAUCAAUGUCUGGCUUAUCUGGUGUCCUAACUGCAUGCAACCUAAAAAGCAUCUCCUACCUCUGCUUGCAGGCUCCUCCCAAGUCACCUUCUGAGUUUUAACACGUGAUGCAUACAUUUCUGAUUCAUAGAUAGCCUGCAUGUCAGCAACAUAACCCAUCUUUCAUUCACUUGCAUGGUAUAUGAGAAAGACCCAUGUCCUUUAACCUGGGUGGUUGGUACUUGUGAGUCAUUGGCUUUCUAACAGCAACUGCAGGAGAAUUUUGGGCAAAUGUGCUUUCACAUCAGCUCCUCGCAAACGUAUGAAAGCUCCUGGCACAGCAUCAGCUGCUUCAGAGUUUCUAACAUGGCUUCUGUUCCUUUGACUAACUCAAGCCGCCACCUGCUUUGUCUGUGUGGACUCAGCUGCUAACCGUCACUCUAAAUUGACAAAUAAUGCUAGUGCCGAUCAUUUGUUCUUUGCUUCAUUUUGCAGUAAUUACAGUAGUUCCGUGCGGAUGAUGAAGUUCCAACACAAGGUCCAUUCUCACUGCUGAGUGAGUCCGUUGAAAACAGUUAGCACUAAUAGGCCAUUUGGACUUGGAGGACAAAACAAAAAAGCUAAAUGAAAACACUGAUUUCUAGUCGAAUAAACUGACAAUUCCUUCGUAUUGCUUUUAAAAUAUGAUUACUAUUUAAAGGACACUUUUGCGUGCUGCUGCUGGAAGCCAAUAUCUCACAGGUCCAAUGAACAGAUUGAAUUCUGAUCAGAGUUUUAUCGAACCCUCCACUGAGAAGCCAGGGGACAUGGGGUUGUUUCUCCAUGUGAAUCAACAAACUGUUUGUUCUGGUUUCAUCUUUUGUUUUGUUUUAGUUCAUUGUUUUUAUUUGAAUCUGUGCACUUUUAUUAUAUAGGAUUAUAACAGACUAUAAUUAACCAAUAGGAAAGUGUGGUAGUAUUAUGGUUUGUGAGUUAUUCAGUAUACAUUAUAAUACUCUAGGAUUAUACGUCCUCUUGAAUCAUCUAAACUUAAGAAACGGGAACUAUUUACUCAAGUAAAUGCUCCACAAACCACAGACCUACUAUUAUGACUUUUUCCUAAAGAUUUUAUCCAUCAAAUAAUCAAGUUUUAAUUGUUUGGUUACAUCUUAUGUUAUGCUGUUGUUUUCUUUUGUGUUUGUUCUACUGCCAUGUUCUAUACAAAAAAUCCAGGUUGAUCAAAUUCUGGGGUUUUUUCAUGUAUUUAUUAUUCCUAGGAAUAGCUCAAAAUGACACAAUGAAACUUGACAACGCUCUGACUCGAAUAGGUAAGUUGUGUUUUAGGAAAAAUUUGAGUGGUAUGAUAUGCUUUUCCUCACUUCUUACCGAGGGCGUUCCACUGAAACGGGAUCACUGACUCUCAGAAUUCUCUGCAAAAGUUCAAAAAUUAAAUUCCAAAUUGGAAUGGUUUCAUUCUCUCUUCGUUUAUCGUGCCAAAUCUUGGCACACCAUUUAGGUUGAAAAGAAUCAAGACUCGGGAGGAGACAAACCGUCACUGAUAAAGGUGUAGCUGGGGCCAUGGCUCUCAAAGCGAGCACCGGGCUUUUGUUUUUGGUUUGUUUAGUUCUUUGUUUCUGACCAGUAGUGCCUUUCAUUGUUUCAAGGGAGAAUCUUAGACUAGUAUUUGAUGUUUACUUUUUUUAUAGGUGAGGACUUUGGGUUUAAAAAUGACUGUGAGCAGCAAUAAGUGCAAAGGGAAUUUCCCCAUCUGCAUGAGUGAGGUGAUAGUUUUGAAAUUAGCUCAAUGAAACUGAAAUUGUAUUGAAUUCUGCAGGUCAGUGAUCCCACUCAAAUAAAUUCAGGGGUGUUAUUAAGAAAAAGGUUGUUUUUUAUCCAACUUUGGGAACCAAAUGAAGUCCCUUAGGCCUCCUGUUAUUGAACAAAAUGCUCAAAGCAUCUGUAAUGUGUUCGGGUAGAUUGGUGUACUAUUGGAAACAUCUACGCGUCUCUAGCUUUGUUUGGUGAAGGUAAUGUGAUAUCAAUAGUAUUGUAGAAAAAUGUGCAGAGAGCGCAUUUUCUAUUUCUUUUUGUCCAAUUUAAGUUUUUCUUUGUUAUAUUUUUUACUCUUGAAUCUUUUUUUACAUCAUCGUACAUCUGUUUUCAGGAAACAGAAAACAAAAUAAGCAUCAACAAGCUUGAAUAGUGCCAUUAUAGCCAAUGCUUGCUUGUUGAGGCAUUAAAGUUACCAAUAUGGAAAAUAAGCUAGGAAAUUAAAGUGCAAUUCAAACAAUGUUUUACAUUUGAAAUAAAAAGAGAAAGUUUUCUGUUUGCUGGAAGCGAUAGCAUUGUGAUAAUACAAUUAGCUGUGCAAACUUUAUAUUGUCAUAUUGUGUUUCAGUAUUGAUCCAUGAGAGUUUGAUAUCUUUAUAUGGAAUAACGACUUCACCUGUAUGUUGGUAUUUAUUUGAAUUGUCAUGCAGUACUGUAUCCUUAUCAAUAAUGUGCAUUAUGAAUAUGGCAUAUUGAUUACAGCUCAAUGUCUAAUGCAUGUUUCCCAGUCAUGGGACCUUUACACAGGAUUGAAAACAAACAUGUAAACUUCAUCAGGAUGAUUAAACAAAAAAGAAGAAAUGUGGAGAAACAAAAAUGAGAAGACAAGUUAAGUCUGAUGUAUUACUGCUGAAAUAAUCCAAUGAAAGUGUUGUUUGUUUUUUCUAGAGGAGAGGGAGGAUAUCUGUGUAAAGGUAGUCAUACUGGCUAAAAAUCAAUAAAUGUGACUUAAGUUCCA